CCUCCCCUCUUUUAGUUCUGCGCCACCCAAACCCCGAACCAAACCCCUCCUCCUCGCCCACUCCUCUCACGGUGGCCUCCUCCGUCUCCCGUUCCGGCGGGCUCUCUCCUCGGACGCCUUCCCGCGCUGCACCGAACCGGCUGCUCCACGGCAGAUCGCACGGCAUGGCGCCGUCGCCGGUGGUGGAGGAGGGCGCGUCGGCGCACGUCGAAGUUCCCAAGAUCGCUGCUUUGGGGCAGGGGAGUACCAUGAGGCGCCCGGGGAGGCUCCGCGUCAUGCACCCGCACGUGGCGGAGUUUCUCAGGAGCCCACGCCGCGUGCGGGCGAAGAAGCCGGCGCCGCCGCCAUCGCCUCGUGCGGCCGAGGGGGAAGGGGAGGGCGAGCGCGCGCGGUACGACUGCGUGUUCGAGGACGACGAGGAGGGGAAGUGCGGGUUCGCGGCGCCUCGGCUGGUGUGGGGCAAGGUGAGGCACUACCCGUGGUGGCCCGGCCAGGUGUUCGACCCAACGGACGCGUCAGAGCUCGCGAAGCGGCAGAAGAGGGGACGGCGCGCCAUCCUGGUCGCCUACUUCUGGGACAAGACUUUCGCGUGGGUGGACCCCGCGGCGCUCCGCCCGUUCCGCGGCGGGUUCCCGCGCCUCGCCGCCCAGAGCGCCAUGUCCCCGUUCGCCUUGGGCGUGGACGCCGCGCUGGGCGAGGUCGCGCGCCGCGUGGACGUCGGCCUCUCGUGCAGCUGCGCCGGCCACAAAGCUAACAAGCAGGUGAUCGACAACGCCGGUGUCCGUGAAGGCGCGUACGGGGCGGCGGUGGACGCGGCCUUCGCAAGGGGCGCGUUCCGCGGCGAGGCGAUCGUGGCGUACAUCUCUGCAUUGGCCACCGCGCCACUGGCCGGAUGCGACAGGGUCGACCUCACCAUUGCCACGGCGCAGCUCAAGGCGUUCAGCCGGUGGAAGGGCUCGAGGGGCCUUCCCGAGUACACGUUUUUCCAUGGCAUCGAGGGCGUCGCCAUGGAGGCUGCCUCUGCAAGAGCUAAGAAGAGACGAUCAAGGGGAGGAGGUGAUGAUGGUGCUUGUGGAAAAUGGAAGAUGUCAAGGAGCGGAGCCAGAGGGAAUGCACGCUGUGAGAAUGUGGACGAUGCCUUGGAAUUGGAGGAUUUGGAGCACUGCUCACAGACCACACCUCAGCAGAUGUCUACAAAGAUUGGGAAGCUCAUGAGCCGAGCCGCGCAGCAGAUGUCGCGCUCACCGGUGAUCCGCAGAGCCAAUAGCAAUGCGCCUCAGGCGAUUUCACCCAUGGCAAGGUGCACAAGAGUUGCAGAUGAGCUUCCUUCAGUGAACAGUGGUGACCUCACUUGCAAAGUGCCACAGGUGGAUGAGAGGAGGCCUGCUGAAGACAUGGAGAAUCCCUUGCAAGCUGGGCUUGUGCUGAACUUCAGCAGCCCGAGCUCUGUUCCUUCAACAAGCGACCUUACCAUGAUCUUUAGCCGAUUCGGGCCUAUCAAGGAAGUCAGGGCAGAAAAUUCAGUUGCUCUAGUGAUCUUCAAGAAGCGUGCGCAUGCUGAGGAUGCAUUUUCAGGCACCGCGAAGAUCAGUGCUAUCAGCGCGUACCUGAUCAGCUUUCGUCUCACCUAUUCACUGCCAGCUGCACCAAUUGAUCCUCCACAUCGCAUGUUGAGCUCCGAGGAAAUGGAUUCCAGCCCGUUGAUUCUGUUCAGUAGCUAGCUCGGUGAUGGAGACGAGGAGGCAGUGAAGAGGUUGCCUGUUCAUCAAUACAUCAAAGUUUUGAAUUGCUAGGUGGUGGUAGUUUGUCAGAGGAAGUAUUCAGAAUCAUAGCUAUGGAAUAGUUGAUCAAGUUGAAUCCUUUCUGUUGUUUCCAUAGACCAUGCGGAGAAACGGUCGGUUUAUUUAAAUCCUUUUUUUGCUGUCGCCCACACGGUGACAUUUAAAUUAUAUGCUGCAGAUCAUGUAAAACACAUCCAAGUGAUGAUGUUUUAUGCUUUUAUGCUUAUAUAUAU